ACCAAAACCUCAAAGCAAAAAUCAUCACUCACCCACCACCGUAAGACCCGAUUAAAAGAUUUUUUCUCUCUUUGCUUUCAGGCUUUCGUAUCUCCAGCUUGAAAAUUUUCCAAUCUCUUACCUUUCUUUCCGGGAAGGAAUCAUUGUCUUCAUCCUCAAAUGGAUUCUCUUUAAAUGCCUAGAAAGCCCAUUGGGUCCUUAUCAGGAGAAGAAAACAACAGGGAAAUUCCAAGAGAGGAGCAGGGGGAUGGCGAUGCCAUGGGGCAUGGCUCUAUGGUGGGCGGAGCUGGUAUGGAUCGCUCUGACUGGGUGGGUCUCUGCAUGCUUGGCUGUGGCUGAUGAGGUCGCCAGCUCUUUGAGAACUGGGGAUAUUGGUCCUUUUCAUGUUGGCUGAUUUGAGAAUUUCUGUACACCUCCAUUGAAGCCCUCCAGCUCUCUCUGAAGAUGAAACUAAGCACAAAAAGGCGGGUAUUAGCGGAUGGAGCUCUGAACCCAGAUUUUUUUCUAGGAAAUUGAUGUUGUCCACCAAUUAUACAAAAACUGAUUCCUCUGUUCUAGUCUGAAGUAUAUUGUUAGUAAAUUGCAGCUUGCCAAACAAAGACUACUGAAGGAAACUGUGAUAUAAUUUCCACCGUGUUGUAGAGCAUAGUAUGACCAUGUUGUAAAGCAGAGAAAUUUUGCAAUGUUCAUUUGGUUUGAACACUUGUUUUUCAGUGGAGCUUUUUUUGUUUCUUAUUGUGGAUUCUCUAUGAAUCUCGAUUAAGAUAUGGUUUUAGAACAAUUUCCCUGCAAGUAAAUUCAAUCACAACAUCAAGUGGAUAAAA